GCCGCCGCCGCUUCCGCCGCCGGGCCGGGGCAGAAUUGUGAGUAACUACCUGAAGCACAAACCACGUCGUGCAGUCACUGCUCUGCUGAAGCACUAAAUUUCUGAAUUUCUCUGAAGUUACUCCUGCUGUUUCUGGAUCUGCACAUGAUCGCUGCUCACGCCGUGGGUGAAUUAGUUGUCAAGAAGCAUGAAGCAUGGUGGGAGUACUUCCUAACAGAAAAUCAGGAAUCUGUGGCACAAUUGCACUUUGUUGAAAAUUUUGGAAAGUUCUCUAGCACUUUUAUUUAGUAAUUAAAUUGAAGACAUGGGGCCUAUGAAAUACAAAUCAAGUGUAUCCUCAGUGUCCUGUGGUCUGCAGUAUCACCAUUCAUUGAUGAAGUGGAAUCCCAAAGUGAAUUUACACGUGGUGAGGACUUACUGCCCAUCGGCGCCCAAGAGGCCGGAAGCCAAGUCUGCAGUGGAAAUGGCCAUGGGUCUCCUUCAUCGCAUCACAGAGUCUGGGACUGCUAUGGGGAAAAACUCCCUCCAAAAAGUGUCUGCAACGUGCAGGAAUUGGUGGGACAGAUACGAAGAAUUUGUUGGAAUCAAUGAAGUUCGAGAGGCUCAGGGAAAAGUGACAGAGGCAGAAAAUGUCUUUAUGAUAGCACGAGGGAUAGUUCGAGAGGCUCGUGAAAAUGUAGAAGCCCAACAGAUUAAACUGAAGGAAAUUCGGGAUCGCUUAGACAGGGUCUCUCGGGAUGACACCCAGUAUUUAGAACUGGCUACUCUGGAACACAGGUUGCUGCAGGAAGAGAAGAGGUACCGAGCUGCAUAUUUAAAUGCAGAAGAAUCUGAGAGAGAAAAGUUCUCUCUCUUCUCUGCAGCUGUCAGGGAAAGCCACGAGAAGGAACGCACAAGAGCUGAAAAAACAAAGAACUGGUCUAUUAUUGGCUCUGUGCUGGGAGCUGUUAUAGGUGUUCUUGGUUCCACCUAUGUCAAUCGUGUAAGGCUGCAAGAAUUGAAGGUCUUGGUGCUUGAAGCACAGAAGGGCCCAGUAAAUUUACAAGAAGCCAUCAAAGAACAGGCCUCCAACCAUUACUUGCAGCAGAAAGAUCUCAGUGAUGUCAUAGAAGACCUAAAAAAGGUGCUGCAAACAACAGCAUCGAAGGGAGGGAAAGAAGGGGCUUUGUUAACUAGAGAAACCAGGAAUGACUCCAUAAAAAUAGAUUCUCUUUUAAUGCCUUUAAAUGAGCAGCUAAACUACAUUAAACAAGUCAGUUCAUGUCUGGGGAGUUUACAGCAGCAGUUUAACAGUCUGCAGGAAAGCAUCACACGGGUGCUGUCGGAGCUGCAGGGUGUCAGAGUGGCCAUCCAGUCCCGACCUACAGAAAGAGUGAUGCCAAGGCCUGCAGGGGAGGGCAAGGGCCAGGCUGCUGCUGUGAGAGAUGUGAUUCUGGAGCUGUGUGAUACCGAGCGGAGACUGGAAACGCAAAUCAAGAGAAGUUCUAUUUACAGCACUGCACUGACAUGUGCUAUGUUUGCCAUUACUCUGCCUGUACUCUAUAUCAUCCUGAAAGGGAACUGAUCCCUAAUUAAUUGCCACAGCUUAGUAGAUUAAUAAAGGAAAACUUGCACUCUGAGUACCUGGAGUACAAGUCCAAAUAAAGCUGCUGUAGUGUUUCUCAUUA